ACCAGUUUUGCUGGCAGUCAUGGUUCACAGCAGCAAGCUCAGCACUGUCCAAGUACGACCUAGGGAGGAGAUGGAUAAUCCACAAGAAGACCAGACGACAGUUAGUGUCCCGGGUGAAUUCCUGCCCCACAUCCAGCAUCAGCUUACACUUGUGAACAACACUGAACCAGGAGACAGUAACAGUGCAAAUGUUCGAGCAAUUGUCAUUGCUUUGUGUUUGCUGGUCCUGGCUGGAAUCGUGUUGACUAUGAUCUUAGUCCAGUAUUACAGACACGGACGCUGCUUUCAAAAACCCAGACUGUCCUUCAGCCAAAAUGUUCUCAGAGACCUGAAAUCUAUCCAGCUGGAGUUUGAUCCGCCAUUUUCCAUCAGUGGGAUGAUGAAGACUAGGGGAAAUCUAAGCUCAAACCAUGAGUUCCACUAUCAGAACAUGAGGACUCGAGAUAAGGAUUUGUACCCUGCUGUUGAUGAGCAAUAUUAAAGAGGCUGCGAAAGAGGUGUGACCUCAUUAUUUUCAGGGACCUUGUGAAGAAACAAAUAAAACCUGAUACUGAACCUUAUACAUUUUCUGAAGAAGGGUCUAGGCCCGAAAUGUCAGCUUUCCUGCUCCUCUGAUGCUGCUUGGCCUGCUGUGUUUAUCCAGCUCUAUACCUUGUUAUCUCAGAUUCUCCAGCAUCUGCAGUUCCUACUAUCUCUUAAAACCUUAUACUUGCUUUUUCUUUGGUGCUGGGCCUUGGAAUGGGGGAAGUAAACUUACUGAUAGCUCCCUGUGAAAUCUGAGCUCUUGUUGCUUGAGAAUUGUUUAGCAAUAGACUGGGUGCGCGUACAUCUGGUCCAUAAAUGUGCAAUAACCCAAUAACAAGACCAUCGAGAGAGGAAGUGGAAAUGACUCAGCUAACUAUAGAAGAACACUUUUGUAUUCCAUUUGAAUUUAUUUAGUGCCUUUUGCAACCUCUAGAUGUCACAAA